GUAGACCGUUCGAUUUGAAACAAACAAACACAAGAUUUAAAAUUUAUUAAAUAAUUUUUUAGUUUAUGAUUUAAUUUACUCUUUGAUUGUUCGUUUUAUUUAUUUUCAUCUGGUGGUCAGUUUAUCUUUGACCAUGAAUACUCAAGUUCCAGAAGAAAUGACUCCUUCCAGAGUUUCUGUGUGGGAUGCUAAUGAGCUGGACAAAGGGAUUUACGAUGUAUUGAAAGCACAAGUUCAAACUGUCAUAAGCUAUUUACCUGCAGGAUUAAUAACAAGAUUUGAGCCUGAAAUAAAUGCUAUUAUAAAAAGCGCCUUGUGGAUGCUCUCUGUGGAAAAGACAUUUGCUACUUUUGGUCAGCGUAUGCUACAUUUGAAAUAUGAUAAACAUACUCCUAUUGGAAGGCUCCGCCUUUUGGGAAUACUGAAAAUUGGCUCUGCUUAUAUUAAAGACAGAUUGUCUUCAAUUUUGAACUGGCUAAACUGUUCUGAUGUCGGUUCAACUUGUUGUCUAAUCAUCAAGAGGAUAGAGAUGGCUCUUAACAUUCUCAACAUUAUAUCGUUCGUUUUUUUCUUAAGAGGAGGAGGACCUAUGACAUUUUUAGAGAGGCUCUUAAGAUUAAAUCCAGUGUCGACUUUGAGGCCUUCAGACAGAAGUGUCGGUUAUUCAUUUAUGAUUAGAGAGCUUCUUUGGCACGGCUUGAUUGAAUUGCUUAUGCUUGUGUUGCCAUUUUUGAACUAUCAUUCCAUGAAGCGAAUUAUUAGAAAAAUAAUGGGAGGGGCAAAGCCUAAAAAGCUUCAGAGUCAUCAAUACAUCUUGACAAAAGACACAAGAUGUCCUGUUUGCGAACUAUUCCCCAUCCUUCCUUAUGUUAUAGGUUGUCCUCAUAUUUUCUGUUAUUAUUGCCUUGGUGCACAUAGGCUGGCAGAUCCAGACUUUGAAUGCCCGACUUGUGGGUUUGUAGCACCACCUUCGACAUUGAUGACUGAAGUUAAACCAGCAGCAUAUGAUGUUAUGUAAAUAAUGUAAAUAAUAUUAUAUUGUUUCUUACUAGAUUGAUAAUGUAGCAUCAAUCAUAAUCAUAAUCAACCAUUGACCUAUGUAGUAAAUAACAUUGUCCAAAUUUGUUUUUUAUCUUGGGACACAAAAUAUACAUUUAAAAGCAUCUUAAACGAUGAAAUGAAAUGGAUAUUGCAUAAGUAAUAAAAAUUUGUGAAAAAUAAAAUGAUUUGAACCUGGGACCUUUACAGAGAUGAGCCCAUGUGUCUUAACCAUUGCAGGCAACAAUGUCCCUCAAAUAGGUUUUUGUUAUAAUCAAUUUAAUAUGUGGUGAUAUUGUGAUAAAUAUGAAAUAUAUGGAAUUGUUUAUAA